AGAAAUGAAUAUAUGUUCUUAAACUGCUUGCCUAGGAUCCUGGAUCUGUCCCGCUGUGACGUUUACGGAAACGCCCGAGGCAGUUCUCGCGAUACUUUGUGAUACGUGGUUGUUUGUAAAUCAAAGGCUGUGGCUGAGGGAGCGACACAACAAUAUCCCUUAAUAUGAGUGAUGACAAGCCUUUCCAAUGCACUGCUCCUGGUUGUGGACAGAGAUUUACAAACGAGGAUCACUUGGCUGUCCACAAACACAAACAUGAGAUGACCCUGAAGUUUGGCCCUGCAAGGAACGACAAUGCCAUCAUCGCCGACCAAACGCCAACACCUACCCGCUUUUUGAAGAACUGCGAGGAGGUUGGACUCUUCAUUGAACUUGCAAGCCCGUUUGACCACGACUUCAAAAAAGGGAGUGAAGAUGACAUCAAAAAGUUACCAUUGGAUUUGUCACCUCUUGCAACGCCCAUCAUACGCCACAAAACUGAGGAGACCGCAGCUAUGGAGGCACAUCGAGACAGCCCACUGCCUCAUCCCGAAUCUACUACAGACGAUGAUAAGGAUUUAUCUUUGCAGCCAGCCUCACUGCCAACAUCCACUAUAGUCCAUCCUGCAUCCUUCCAAGUUCCCAAUGUACUUCUAGCAACCUCAGAGGCUAAUGUUGUAAUACAGCAAGCUCUCCCAUCACCAACAUCUAGCUCUGUUAUUACCCAAGUCCCAUCCACUAAUAGGCCUAUAGUCCCGGUGAGCGGCUCCUUCCCCGUGCUCCUACAGCUGCCUAAUGGCCACACCUUGCCGGUUGCCAUACCUGCGCCGAUCACGAGCUCAAGUGUCCAUAUUCCAACUGCCAUCCCUCUCGUCAGACCUGUCACCAUCGUGCCCAACGUCCCCGGGAUCCCAGGACCUCCCUCGCCGCAGCCCCAGCCCGCCCAAUCACAAGCAAAGCUGAAACUGAAAGCCACGUUCAGCCAGCAGCUGCCUCUGGUGACCAAUGGAAGCGCUGGCGAGGUCCAGAGCAGCGCCGUGACCCACACUGCUGCUCCCUCUUCUCCGGCCCCGAGCCCGGCCCGGAGUCCGGCCCGCCUCCUAACUCCUGCUCCUGCUACUCCCCUGGCCGCGGCUGAGGAGCCGUCCCCCAAUUCCCUCCAGCAGCCCGCCACCUCCACCACAGAGACACCUGCAUCGCCGGCGCCCGCCGCCCCAAACCCCCCGAGCACAGGGGGACGGCGGCGCAGAACCACGAGCGAUAACCCCGAUGAGAAGCGCCGCAAGUUCCUGGAGCGCAACAGGGCGGCGGCGUCUCGCUGCAGGCAGAAGAGGAAAGUGUGGGUCCAGUCUCUGGAGAAGAAGUCGGAAGACCUCAACUCGAUGAACGGGCAACUACAGAAUGAAGUCACCCUGCUGAGAAACGAAGUGGCUCAGCUGAAGCAGCUUCUUCUGGCUCAUAAAGAUUGCCCCGUGACCGCCAUGCAGAAGAAAUCUGGCUAUCACAUCUCCGACAAGGACGAGAGCUGCGAGGAGAUGUCCGUCCCCAGCAGCCCCCAGAACGAGGCCAUCCAGCACAGCUCCGUCAGCACCUCCAACGGGGUCAGCUCCUCCUCCACCUCCUCCUCCUCGUCCUCCUCGUCCAGCGCCGCCACGUCCAGCCACAGCGCGGAGGAGACCCGGGCUCAGCCUUCGGCGAGUUGAUGGUCCCAAACGGCGCCGGGCGGCGACACUGCAGCGCCGCUCCCUCUGAGGAAAGGGGCUCUCUGGUCGUUAGUUUUUUUUGAGUUUGGUCCAUUUUGUCCUCUGUCGGCAAAGCGUUUAGGAGAAAUGCAAACGUUUUUCUCUGGAAUUGAUGAAGACAGAAGAACAGGCACUUUAGGUGUUAGAUUGUUUGUGUGACUUAUUCAUGAUUAUUUUUUAUUUAAAAGCAAUCGGCCUGAAGGUUUGAUCAGUGAACUGUUGGUUGUUUGGAGCUAGUUUGCGUGUUCGUUUUGACCUUUUAAUUUCAUUUACCCUUUUAAGCACUAUCUUCAUAAUGAACUUCAAUAAAGAGCCGUCCCUUUUUUUAAAUAUUUUGCUUUACGCAUUUUGCACAUUCUGAGAGAUGACGGGUUUACCUUUUUAGAGAUUGACAGUCCACAUGAGUAAGUAAGUACCGACAGCUUUUAAGAAGUCGAUUUGAAUACACAAAUGUAACUUUUCUGUGGAUGAGAUCAUCUGUAGUCGCAUCGUGUAGUUUGAAUGUUUGAGCUCACCGUUGCUCGUAAAUAUUGUCUAAAGGACGUAAGCUUUUUAAAACUGAUUCUAUGAGCAUUAGUAUUAGUAUUAGUCUAUUAGUCUGAUGCCGAAUCAGUGAUUGUAGGAUUGCAGUUCCUUUUUCCGUUACUCGACCUUGGUAAUGUUGUUCAGUGCCCUUAAUGUUUUUGUAUGAAUUACUUCUGUACAUUUUUUAUGCAGAUUAGAUUGUCGACAGUUUUUCUCUCCAAUUAAAGGUCUCAUGAAACGUAGUUUCUCAGUAAGGAAAUAUCUUGUUCUACGCUGUCUCUGCUUUUUAAGUGACUGUUUAUGACUUUAAUGCAGAAAGACAUUAUGUUGCAAAUCUUCAAUGACGUUUUUUUUUAAAACACUGUAAAUAACAGUGAUGCAUUUUAUGUGAUUUUUCUAGGUGUUGUGUCUUUUUUUUAUUUUCAUAGCAUAGUCAGGUUCCAGUAGCUGAGCCCUGUUGAACUCAGUAAGCAGUUGAACAAGGUUUCACUCGUUAGGCCUCUGACUCGAUGUCUUGUCAUGUGAAAUUACAGCAUUACCAUGUGAACUGGAAUCGUGUAUAUUAGAGGAACACUGCUACCGCCUGUAAGACUCGUGAGCAUUUCAUCAUUGAAAUAAUAGUUGGACGCAAACCAAACCAUGAAGUCCAUUUGCCUUUUUUUCAUAGUAUGUACUGGCUUACUACUGUGUAGUUUUAUAAGAACAUUGUUUUUUAAAAUAGGAUUUUUUCUUAUUCUUAUUAACGUAUAUGUGCUUAUGUGCAUGAGGUAAUAAUUCUCUGCGAGAAUUUACCUGUUUCUUUAAUAAUGUCUCGGUCAGAUAAAUAUCAUUAAAAAAAGUGCUUUGAACUUUGAGUUGUGAUUCUAAGUUCACGCUUUGGUUAAAUGUUUGACCACAACUUAACUGCUAAAAAGGGGAAUGUGGUGUUGAAAGUGUAUUUGUAACUUGUGAAAGUUCUGUUUAUAAAUUUGAAUUGAAUAAUUUGUUGU